AUGAUGAACGAAAAGCUCGUCAACGAAGAGUACAAGAUCUGGAAGAAGAACACCCCCUUCCUCUAUGAUCUGGUGAUGACCCAUGCGUUGGAGUGGCCGAGCCUGACCGCUCAGUGGCUGCCCGAUGUCAACACGUCUGGCAAGGACUACAGCACCCACCGCAUCAUCCUCGGCACUCACACCUCGGACAGUGAGGCCAAUCAUUUGCUAAUUGCCCAGGUUCAGCUGCCAAACGAGCACGCACACGUUGAUGCCCGCAAGUAUGAUGACGAGAAGCACGAAUAUGGUGGCUUUGGCAGCGUGGCGGGCAAGAUUGAGAUCAAAAUGAAGAUCAACCAUCCGGGCGAGGUCAACCGUGCGCGUUACAUGCCCCAAAACCCUUCAGUGAUUGCCACCAAGACGCCGUCAAAGAACGUUUUGGUGUUUGACUACAAAAAGCACCCUUCCGAGCCCUUGGAUGCUGAAGUCCACCCCAACCUGACACUGACCGGCCACUCAAAGGAAGGCUAUGGCCUGUCUUGGAACCUUCAUCAUGAGGGCUAUCUUCUGUCAGCGUCUGACGACACCACCGUGUGCCUGUGGGACAUUCGCCAAGUCCCUAAGGGUGUUUCGGAGCUGGCAGCAUCGUCUGUUUUCACUGGUCACAAAACCAUUGUGGAGGACGUGCAAUGGCAUCCUCUGCACGAUUCAGUAUUCGGCUCUGUGGGCGACGAUCGCAACCUGAUGUUGUGGGACACGCGUGUUGGCGUGUAUGAUAAGCCUCGCCAUGAGGUGCUCGCGCACGCGGCCGAGGUCAACUGCCUCUCUUUCAACCCUUUUUGCGAGUACAUUUUGGCUACUGGCUCGGCAGACAAGACCGUCGCUUUGUGGGACAUGCGGAACCUCAAGGUCAAACUGCACUCGCUCGAGUAUCAUACCAGCGAGAUCUUCCAGGUGCAAUGGAGCCCCCAUAAUGAAACGAUCUUGGGUUCCUCCGGCACCGACCGCCGCGUGCAUGUGUGGGACCUCAGCAAAAUCGGGGAUGAACAAACGGCUGAGGAUGCCCAGGAUGGACCUCCCGAGCUAUUGUUUAUCCAUGGCGGCCACACAUCCAAGAUCUCUGACUUUUCCUGGAAUCCCAAUGAGCCCUGGGUCGUGGCAUCCGUGUCCGAGGAUAACAUUAUGCAAGUGUGGCAGAUGUCGGAAAACAUUUACAACGACCAGGAACUCGAGCCGCCCUCAACGGCCAUGGAUGUGGCGGCAUAG